AUGCUUAGAAAUUUCUUACUUUCUCCACGUACAUUUGUACGAAUGAGUUCAACUAAAUCACAAUUGAUUUCUCAACCAUUCAAAAUGGAAAACACACAAAUGAUUCGAGAAACAGCAAGAAAGUUCCCACGACCGAAUUUCAUUUCCUUUGAUUUGUUCGGUACUCUAUAUGUCCCCAAGAAGCCAGUUCCCCAACAGUAUUAUGAAAUUGCUUAUCAUGAGUUUGGUAUUAAUAAAUCUAUACAAUCUAUUGAAGAGGAAUUCCCAAUAGUUUAUGAUGAAAUGUUACAAUCGUAUCCUAAUUACGGAAAGGGUCACCCCAAAUUUGAUAAUUGUGAUUCCUGGUGGAAAGAAUUAAUCAUCAGAUUAUUUCAAUUAGAUAGACACGAUGAUCAGGCAUUAGCAUUGUGUCAUCGGUUGAUUCACCAUUUUACAAGUGAAGAAGCAUAUUCUGUGUAUGAUGAUGUUGUGCCUACAUUGCAAGCAUUGCAGAAACAGGGUGUCAAACUAAUUGUGGCCAGCAACUCUGAUCCAAGAGCAUUGACCAUACUUGAGAGCUUGAAAAUUAAACAAUACUUUCAUUGUAGUGAGCAUUUCCAUUGUAGUGGGGUUUUUUUAUCCUACGAUUCAGAUUAUUCCAAACCAACCAAGGCAUUUUUUGAUGAAAUUGCUUUAGUCGAGUAUAGAGCUCAUGUUGAUGCAAAUUAUCGAAGCAAGAAUUAUCCUCCAGGUGACUUCCUUUCUGACUGUUGGCAUGUUGGCGAUAGUUACAACAACGAUUACAUUGGAGCAGUGAGGGCUGGCUGGAACGGGGUUUUGUUGGAUAGAAAUCGUACUAGUGAAUUUUUCAAAAAUGUAAGGAAACCCCAGAAUGACGGGUGUUUUUUAAAUGAAAAUCCGGAAACCAAAAGAGAUGGGCAAACUGGCAAUGAAAUGUUGAUAUUGGCAAACAAUAGAGUGGUCAUAACUAAACUUACACAACUUUUGGAUAUUUUCAAACUUUGA